GCUUAUUAGUUUCUGUUACUGGUAAGUAUCAAUACUCAUAGUCAUGAUGACCAAUACUAGCUUGCCUGAUUACAUUAGCUAACGUGUGUAUAUCUGUAAGCUAACACUGGUUUCUCACCAAGACACCUGUCCUGUUCUCCUCACACAUCAACUCAGUUUGUCUCCUCUGACCGUUGUUCUGUCUAUGCUCUCUUGGCCGCAUAGCAGGCUCAUAAUUGUAUCUGUGGUCCGUCAUACGAAUGUAAAUAAAUAUUUGAAAUUUCCUCAGCGUCCGAACGGUCAUAGCAAUCCAUUGUUUUCCUAUGGUUUAAAUGGACUGCUCUCUCUCUCAAAUGUGUUACUUAAGACCAUCUCCCAACUUUCUACCACUACUCUGCUGUUCUUUCUUACCUUGAUUGACAGAUGUCUCGUCCUGUCAGGGAUGAGUAAUCUAUUCUCACACCAGUGGCGCUGUCUCAAACUAUACCUUUUUUUUCCGGUUUGUCUGAUUUGUCGUUGUGUUUUCUGACUUAUUUUGUUUUUUAGAUUUGCAUUUACAUUUGUAAUUUGUUAUUUUGUUUUAAGAAUUGUGAUUUGUUUUGCACUUCUCGGCCACCGUAUAUAGUAGAUAUGAAAUUAAAGCAAUAAUCAAAAAACAAAUAAUGCAAAGUGGAAAAAUAAGGAACAUGUGUCCAAUACAGACACAAGUGGGUAAAGGAAGGUAUUCAGGUGAGACUAGAAAACAAAAAACAUAUUAUCCAGACUAAAAUAGGCCACACUGGACUUAAUAAAACAAAGAAGUUAAUAGCUAAGCAUCCAACAGGUCUUUGUGAUUGGUAUGGAGAAUGAAAGGGUUGAACAUGUCAUCAUGUAUUGUGGGAGAGUUAAAGUUAUUAGAAGAGAUUAGGAAGAAAGGAGAGGGUGAUAUUACUUUGAAAUACUUAUUAACCUCAGAAAUGGGAGGUUAUAACAGAGCUGCUUUAUUUAAGUUCUUGGAAAACAUGGAUUUAAAUAAUCGGAUUUGAGUUUUUUUGUUUUUUUUGUUUUGUCUCCCUCUUGAUCCUCUGACGCAGAGGGAGUCAUGAGCAGAAGCCAGAGGAGCUGGAGAAUAAGAAUAACCCUGCGUCCCAAUGUGCAUACUAUCCAUCCUAUCUGCCCUAAAUAGUAUUGAAAAUUACUAAUAUCACAUAGAAUUUAGGAUGGAUAUUAUGCACGUUGGGACGCAGGCUAAGACUUUUAUUUUGGGCUGGCGAUCUGACGCUAUAAGGCUGCGACUCGCUCCACUGUCUGAGAUUCGGCUGAAGAAAGGAUAGUGUUGGAACACAGAAAACUCCUGGUGAAACGACUGAGAUCCACGUGUCACACUUUUAAAGAUGGUGUUUAUUAAAGAGGAGAGUGAAGAGAUGAGGAUUGAAGAAACAUUCAGAGUGAAACAAGAAGAUACUGAGGAACAAACAGACCUAAUGGCAUUGAAAGAGGAGGAAGAAGUACUUAAUGAAAUUGAAGAGGAAGAUCAAUAUGAGGAUCUUCAAAAGAAAGGAACUAGAGGUUAUUUCGCUUGUUUCAGUCAACAAGAAAACUUUAAAGUCCACAUGAGAAUUCACACUGGGAAAACGCCUUACACAUGCUCUCAGUGCGGAAAAAGUUUCACUCUUAAUAUAGGUCUUAAAAGGCACAUGAGAAUUCAUACUGGUGAAAAGCCUUACACAUGCCCUCAGUGUGGAAAAAGCUUCUGUCAAAGUGGAAACCUUAAAGUCCACAUGAGAAUACACACUGGAAAGAGCUAUUUCACCUGCCAACAGUGUGGGAAAAGUUUCACUCGUAAAGCAAAUCAUGACAAACACAUAAGAAUUCACACUGGAGAAAAGCCUUACACCUGCUCUCCGUGUGGAAUAAGUUUCAAUCUGAAAGAAAACUUUACCAGGCAUGUGAGAAUUCACACAGGAGAAAAGCUUUACACAUGCCAACACUGUGGAGAGAGUUUUGCUCAACGUGAAAACCUUACUGUUCACAUGAGAACUCACACCGGAGAGAAUCCUUACUUAUGCCCUCAGUGUGGAAAAAGUUUCCGUCAACAUAGAAACCUUACAGUCCAUAUGAGAAUCCACACUGGAAAAAAGCCUUUCACUUGUGAACAGUGUGGAAAAAGUUUCACUCGUAAAUUAGGUCUUAAAAGGCACAUGAGAAUACACAAUGGAGAAAGUCCCUACACCUGCCAGUUUUGUGGAAGGAGUUUCACUCAAAAAGGAACCCUUAACAGGCACAUGGGAAUUCACACUGGGGAUAAGCCUUUUUCCUGCCAAGUGUGCAGAAAAACUUUCACUCGUAAAAUAGGUCUUGAAAGGCACAUUAGAAUUCACACUGGAGAAAAGCCUUAUAAAUGCUCUCAAUGUGGAAAAAGUUUUAUUCAACAUGGAAACCUGACAGUCCACAUGAGAAUACACAAUGGAGAGAAUCCCUUCUGCUGCCUACAAUGUGGAAAAAGUUUCAAUCAUAAAGGAAGCCUUAACAGGCACAUGAGAACUCACACUGGAGAGAGGCCUUACGUAUGCCUUCAUUGUGGAAAGACUUUCGAUCAACAUGGAAACCUUAAUGUCCAUAUGAAAAUUCACACUAGGGCCUGGCAAUAAAAUUAUAAUUAUCACAAUAUGAUUUUUCUUUCCUGAACAACAGUGUUUACUUGCUGAUCGGUCUUGCUCACACAACCAUAUAUAUAUAUAUAUAUA